UUUGGGACGUCGUGGGUGUUGACAUGUCAGUGUCACUUUGUCAGCUGAUUGCGGGUCGUAAAGCCUUUCGGCUAGCCAGUCUAUUUAGCUUAGCUUAGCUGGAUGUUUGUUUUUGUUAUUACAUAGGUGGCCUUUAACAUAGCCUCAAAGUUAGUCAGAUAUUUAAUAAUUUAGCGUAUUUAAAGUGUUCUACAGUCUCCACCUGCUAGGUUUACGUGGUAAAGCUGCCGUUAGUGAAGCUGUAAUUUUUGUGGCUGGGAGGGAAGGAGUGAAGUUGCUCUCCGUGUCUCUGCAUUGCAGCCCGGCGCUGCUGAUGGAAUUCAAACACACAACAAUGGCGACUCCCAGUCCUAACAACUCAACAACACCCAGCAGCAACAACGCGGGAUCUGCAGCACACCACCACCUCCAGCAGCAGCAGCAGUCCCAGACCCAGCACGUCACGACAAUGAGCAGCAUGCAGGAGUCCAACACCUGCUGGAGAUGUCAGAGUGAAACAGGGUUUCAGAUAAACCUGUCUGGAGCUCCCCCAAGUAAACGCAAAGCCCUGAAGCUGAACUUUGCCAACCCUUCGAUUAAACCCACAACUAGAUUCUCACUGAACACGGCCGGGCCUCCGUUCCAAAAUCCACACAUAGAGAGGCUGAGGACACACAGUAUCGAGUCUUCAGGAAAGCUGAAGAUCUCCCCGGAGCAGCACUGGGACUUUACAGCUGAAGAUCUCAAAGAUCUGGGCGAGAUUGGCCGGGGGGCUUACGGCUCCGUCAACAAGAUGGUGCACAAGCCAAGUAACCAGAUCAUGGCGGUCAAGAGGAUUCGAUCAACUGUUGAUGAAAAGGAACAGAAGCAGCUGCUGAUGGACCUGGACGUGGUCAUGAGAAGUAGUGACUGUCCUUACAUCGUGCAGUUUUACGGCGCUCUGUUCAGAGAGGGCGACUGUUGGAUUUGUAUGGAACUUAUGGCUACCUCGUUAGACAAAUUUUACAAGUUUGUAUAUUGCUCGUUAGACGAUGUGAUUCCAGAAGAAAUAUUAGGGAAAAUAACUUUAGCUACUGUGAAGGCACUUAACCACUUAAAAGAAAACUUGAAAAUAAUACACAGAGACAUAAAGCCAUCAAACAUCCUCCUGGACAGGAACGGCAACAUAAAGCUGUGCGACUUUGGCAUCAGUGGACAGCUGGUGGACUCGAUCGCCAAAACCAGAGAUGCGGGCUGCAGACCGUACAUGGCACCAGAGAGGAUAGACCCCAGCGCGUCCAGGCAAGGCUACGAUGUUCGCUCAGAUGUUUGGAGUCUGGGUAUCACGCUGUAUGAACUGGCUACUGGACGUUUUCCUUACCCAAAAUGGAACAGUGUGUUCGACCAGUUGACCCAGGUGGUGAGAGGAGACCCCCCACAGCUCAGCAACUCGGAUGAGAGGCGCUUCUCCCCCAAAUUCAUCUCCUUUGUCAAUGUCUGCCUUACCAAGGAUGAAUCAAAGAGGCCAAAGUACAAAGAGCUACUGAGAGACCCGUUCAUUCAAAUGUACGAGGAGCGCUCAGUCGACGUAGCCGGUUAUGUCUGCAGGCUCCUGGAUCAGAUGCCAGCUUCUCCUAGCUCCCCCAUGUAUAUGGACUAAUAGCAGGACAAACCAAAAACACAAAUCAGUCUACACUCUGCUACCACAAUAAAAAAAAUAGAAAAAAGAAGAA